GGCACACGCACACACGCACCCCGGAGCGCGCCUCCGCCUUGACUGCAGACAUGAGACUCCAGCCGCUGCUUUGGAUCGUGGUUGUGCUCCUGGCGAGCCUCCUCCCAGCCUACGGACAGCGGCCAGCCAACCUGGCCCUGCGCAGGAAGCUCCACCGGCACGGCUGCUCCCACCGGCGCUGCAUGCCGCUCCAUUCCAGGGUGCCCUUCCCCUGAGCCCCGGCGGAGCGUGGCCAGCAACUUCGUACUGGAAUUUUCAGUGUUUCAAAGGAGCGACCGUUAAACCAAUAACAGAAGUUUGUCAAAAGUCCAGAUCAACAACAGCUGACCUGACAGCCACCACAGUCCUGUCUUCAGCAGUCCUGUCUGUCACAUUCUACUGGACCUGGACUAAAGGCCCCUGUCUCACACCCCAAGCAGUGUGUGUGGAGGGGAAGGGUGGUGGUGGUACCUGAGCUAGAUUUCCAGGGGCAAUAAGAAGGAAGGAUCUGUCCAAGGGCACUCUUGAGGUAUAUAAUGUUCAGACUGAGUGAAAUUGAAAGUGCUGUUGACUACUCAGUUCAGGCUGUGUAUAGAGCAAUGUUUAAGAGGAAUAGUAUCAGACUCCAGCAUGGAAUUGUGAAAGUCUGGUUUUUUGCUUAUAUUUUUAUAUAUUAAUAAUAUAUACAUAUAUGUUUUAACAUCUAACAUUACAUCUUUAUGGAAUUAUCUUAAUAACAUAGAAUGCAUUAUUUUAAUAGUACCAAAGUCAGCACCACACUACUGGUCCUACUGGCUUCAUGUAUAGUAAGCAUAGUAAGAGUUUACAAUAUAAGAAAGCAAAGAGAGUGUUAUCCCUUAUUCUAUAGAUAGAGAAUUGAAGCACACAGAGAUAAGAGAUUAGCCAAGGGUCAUGCAAAACUGAUAACUCAGAUCUCUCAAGCCAGGCCUUAAGGUCAAGCCCAUCCUCCUGUCUAAUGAGCUGUUACUGCAAAGCCUAUCAUUUGUUUUCUUAAACUGGGCCGCCAAACCAGACAGUUAAAACAUGCCUGGAAAUUCAGUACGACAGAGCUAUUUGCUUAAUAGUAGUUUUCCUAAAAUAUCCACUACAGUAUUAUAAAUAGAGCAUAAAAAUAGACCAUUGAAAAGAAACCUUUGUUUGGUCAGCUCCAGGGUUACUUAGUACUCUAUUCCUGUAAUUUAAAUGAAUGGGAUAUUUGAACAUGGCACUACAAUGAAUGAGGACUUCAAACAGAAAACAGGCUGUUCUUUUCAGCACUGAAUACAUUGAGCUUUUAGUCUGAGUUUUGUUCUUAAAAAUACAUGCUUCACAUCUGUCUUUUAUGUCAGCAGAACUUACCUACCUACAUAUGAAGAAAAACGUGGUAGACCUUUCAUUACCAUAACUAAAACAACCUCAAAAUUAAACAUACCUAGAUUUUUAAGUCAUUGCACUAGACUUGAAAUGUUAACUUUUUUUACAAAAUAUAUGAAGAAGACAACCAAAGAUCAGAAGUAUUGUGGUUUAAAUCUGGUAUUACAAUUUUUUUCUUACAACAUAUAGUUUCUAAUUAAUGAAAGAGCAGCAAUCAAAAAAACUGGAUAGCUAAAACUUUCUAAUCAGUGUACAUAUGUAACCCCUUAUCUCUAAGAAUGUAACAUCUUAUUUGAAUUAAUACUGGCAGAGUUUACCAGGCGGUACAAAUUUUUCUGCAUGAAAAAAAAGAGUGUAACAUCAGACCCGGUUCUGGAGUUGUGUAAAACCAUCACAAAAAGAUGGUCAAACUUAUUUAAAGCAACAAGCAGUCCUGCAGGUAAACCUUUGGAGACUCGAAAGAAAAGGCAGUUUCCCAAAGAGGCAUUCUACCACUUAUAUAUAUAUUAAUUAUUUAUUUAACUUGGCUUUGAUAUGUAUCCUUGGCUAUCUCUGUUUAGAACUAUGGCUGAAGAGUGUGGGAAAGCAAGAAAGGUGAAGAGUAGCUAUUUAACUGUUAAGUCUUAUCAACGAGUAUAUGGAUCUAUUGUGGCACUGGAUCUUUUAUAUCACCACAUUUAUUCAAUUAACUCUGAUAAAAUUAUAAAAAAUACAUAAUGUAU